AUGGGCCAAGGGUACUCUGCCGACGUGCCCCCACCAACUUACGAGCAGUUGUCGCUCGAGCUCGUCCGCCGUUUCGCUGACAAGUGCUACACCCCGCUUGAGAUCUAUUGCUUCAAGGUCGUCUUCAAAGCCCUCGCCGACUCGUCUUCGGGCAUCCGCCAUUGGAGCGAACCCACACUAUGCCGCUUCCUCGCCCUUCCCGACUCUCUCGCUGUAGGCUCCGUGGUCUUUCACAUGGCCAGCUACCUAGGCGCCUUCCCCUUCCCAAGCCAAGCACCUGCCAUCUUGACGAGCGACAAUCUACUCAAGGUCGUCACAUUGCUGACACGGAGACACACUCCGGUGCUGGGAAGAAAGGGCGAUGCCGUGUGGAUACGGGAGAUCUAUCGCAGCCUCGCUGUCUACGACAGGGGGCUGCAACAAGCUACCAAGGAUGCCGAAGCUGCCGGUGGUGAAGGUGCUCGAGACGGGGAGACCCAGGCCGUUGCCUCCUACGCCGGUUUCGCAGUAGACGCCCCCGUUGACGACGAUGAUGAUGAAGAUGAUGGGGAUGCGCUUGCCCUGGCCGCACUUGACACCAUGGAUGCGAUUGACGUCUUCAAGCAGGGCGAACAAUCCACACUGAGUCAUUCCAUCAUACCCACUGACAACUUCCUCCGUUUGAUCCAGCUGCUCUUGUUCAUCGCUCCGCUAGAGGCUCAGGAUGACCUUGCUGUGUACGGCCUUCAGCUCACAGACAAGCGAUUGAAAGGACUGAGAGAAACAGCAAAUAACAUACUGUCAUCUUUUGGAAUAGAAAAGAGCCCGGGAGUAAAUUACAAGACAUUCCAUACCGUCGUCUCAUCUUCUCUUCCCUACAUGUUCGACGGCCUCAAUCCUCUCUUCGAGCACUUUCUCUUCACAAAAGACUUUGACCUGUCCAAGCGGAAAAACUCGGCCACUUCAGCGUCAGCAGAAACCGCCCCUGAAUCGCCGAAGGAGGCUCCUAAGAAACAAAUCCCUGCGCCUGAACCAAUUCUCUUGUCGGAAGGUGAAAUCUUGGACUUCAACUUGGUGAAUCAGCUGUCUUUUCUCAUCAAAGGAAACAAUCUAUUCAGGCGCCUGCGCCCACUGUACGCCGGAGGUACCCAUGGCUUCAGCAUGGGCAGUUUCGAGAAGAGCGUCUUCAAUUGGCGUGCGCCCUCCAUCCUCCUAGUCUCUGGCAGCCUCCUGUCCGACAAGCCCGAGACUCCCAGCGAACGCGCCUUCGCCGACUCUCUCCCACCAAAGCGCCUCCCCAGCAGCCUCGACCUCCCCUCCCGCAACACCACCAACCAAACCCUCACGUUCGGCGCAUACAUCCCGGUGCCGUGGAAGGGCACGCCCAAGACGGCCUUCGGCGACGCGUCGACGAAGCUGUUCCAGCUCUCGCCCACGCACGACCUCUUCGCCGCGUCGACCAUGAGCACCGACUACGUCUACCUCAACAAGCCGCCGCACCACCCCUCGGGCAUCGGCCUCGGCUCGCCCAUCCCGCAGGCCGACACGUCGCGCGCCCACAGCCGCUCGCACGGCACCAUCCCGCUCGGCGCCGUGUCGCUGCACCUCGACUCGGGCCUCGAGUUUGGCGUUUUCACCCACCUCGCCGAGGGCGGCGGGUCUUUUCAUCCUUCGCGGAAUCCGCAUCGCCGGAACAGGAGCUGGCAGGACCGCUUCGCCAUCGAGGCCAUCGAAGUGUGGGGCUGCGGCGGGGAUGACGAGGCCGAGGCGCAGCGGAAGGCGUGGGCGUGGGAAGAGCGCGAGGCGGAGGCGAGGAGGCGGAUCAAUCUGGGCACGGGAGAUAUCGACGCUGAUAGAGAGCUGCUGAGGCUGGCGGGCAUUCUGCACGAAAGGAGUGGUGGGAGCAUGUAA